UGAGUGGGGAAAUUGUUCUCUCUUUCUUAGUGGGGGGAGUAUUCUUUUCCUUUCCCCUGUCUCAUGCAUCAAAAAUAGUUUCAUAUUACAAGUACAAAUAUCUUCCAGUCAUCAUGAAGAUUGAAGACAUAUUGGUUUGCAGCUCUCCAUAUAUCAUCACAUCUUUCUUCUUCUCUUAGGGAGAAUGGAGGGAGCUAGUCCUGGUGUUGAUGGAAUCCAAGCAGCUAGGACCCCAGGUUACAACAUUGGGUCAUCGCCAUCAAGGUCGAUGCAAGUACCGGGAUAUCUUCUUCGUAUUGUAGCCAUAGUUCUGUCAUUCAUAUCAGCAAUUGUGAUGGGAGUUGCCAAGGAGGCUGUGACGGUCAUCGUAAGCAAUGAUUCUGGCGAGACAACUUAUCCUGGCUCGAUCAAGUCCAGAUACUCCUCUGCCUUUGUGUACUUCAUAGUGGCCAAUGUGCUCGUAUUCUUCUACACUCUGAUAUCCCUAGUGAUAUCACUUGCAAACAGAUCUGGCUCAAGUAUCAUGCAGCUGCCCUUGAACAUUGCUGAUAUAUUGAUGGUGGUUCUCCUCUUCUCAAGCAAUGGAGCAGCGAUCGCAAUUGAUAUUGUGGCUGAACAUGGGCAAUCACACUUUGGAUGGGCUAAAUUUUGUGAUGAUUUUUAUAAAUUUUGCAGUCGUAUUACGGCAUCCAUUGUGCUGUCGAUGAUCGCUUCUCUAGCUUACACGAUCCUCAUCAUACUCACAAUGAUUGGUCUUCACAAGAAGUCUCAGUAACAUUUGAAAUCAGUGAUUUUAUCUAGGUUUGCUUAUCUAUAUGUUUUAUUGAUUGCAGAAGAGAAGUGGAAUUGUAUUGGAAAAUAUUGUGUUAAGUAU